ACGCUCUCUGUGACUGCUGGCUGUAUUUAGGGAAAUCCACGCGUCCGCGGAGGCGGCGCUUAUACUGAGUUGACUAAAUAGACGGAGAGACACUUUCAGCGCCCAGCAGUCAGCCAGUCUGCUUUUCGCUCAACGCCAAUCAGUUGAUUUUGAUACGGUUAAAAUCUGGUUAGUAGUGAUUAUAUCAUGGGACGUUUUCGAAGUCAUCCCGUCCACUGAUUUCUGUUCUGGCUGCCACAUGAAAACUGCUCGUCGACUCGAGACUGUAGCCUUCUUUACCCCAUAGUGCUUUAAAGGUUCCUCAGAAAAAGCUUCACCCCUCUCAGAGAUGCUGAAUCAAAGCACACACAUUGAGGACUUCCAAGCACCAGAUUAAAAGAAACACAGCCUGUAUUUGUCUACCUCCAGCUUCAGUUAUCCAAAGUCUCAAAACAUGGCGUUUUUAAUGAAAAAGAAGAAGUUCAAGUUUCAGAUACACUUCACCCUGGAGGAGCUCACGGCUGUGCCGUUUGUGAAUGGGAUGCUCUUCUGCAAAAUCAGACUGUUGGAUGGUGGAGACUUUUCCAUUUCUUCAUCCAGGCAGGAGGUUCAGGAGAACUGUGUUCGCUGGCGAAAGAAGUUCCCCUUUGUGUGUAAGAUGAGUGCCAGUCCUGCCACAGGGGUCCUGGACCCCUGCAUUUGCCGAGUGUCUGUGCGUAAGGAACUGAAAGGUGGAAAGGCUUUUUCAAAGCUGGGCUUUGCUGACCUCAACUUGGCGGAGUUUGCUGGUUCAGGCUCCACUGUUCGCUGCUGUAUACUGGAGGGCUACGACACCAAGAACACUCGGCAAGACAACUCAAUACUCAAGGUUACCAUUGGCAUGACUUUGCUCUCUGGAGAUCCCUGCUUCAAAACGCCUGUGAGCACAGCUAAGACCAUUGCCAUGGCUGGCCAGGACCCCUCUCUGCAGCUGGACCGCAAGGGAGAGGGCACCGCUGACCACCCUGUUCCAACCCUCAGCGGCAACACUCGCAGAUCAAUCAAAAGCAGGACCCCACUGAACAACUCUGGAGGCCUUCAGGAGGGAUUGGAGGAGAACCUGUCCAGUCCUGAUGAAGUGUUCCACAAUGGACACUCGCGAAACUCCAGCUUUGCCAGCCAACAGAGCAAAAUCUCAGGUGGGACUCAGGGCACGAACAAAAGAAUAUCAGGCUGCAGCGCAGAGCACUCACACUCCUCCAGCCUGACAGAUCUGUCCCAGCACCGGCGCAACACCUCCACCAGCAGCAGCAACACAUCAGGAGGCACAUCUAUGACUGUGGAGAGCCCAGCAGAGCAAGAGAAAGAGCUGCUGAAACCAGAGAGACCCCCUCGGCCCCCGCGGCCCGCUCUGGCCCUAAACAGACUCUCAAGGAGGAAGAAGGACUCUGUAGAAAGUCAUCCCACAUGGGUGGACGACACGCGCAUCGAUGCAGAUGAUAUUGUGGAGAAGAUUGUCCAGAGUCAAAACUUUGCCGACGUCAGCAACAAUGAAGACAGCAAUUUAACACUGUUUAUCAGCAGAGAUGGGACCACAGCAUUGAGUGGCAUCCAGCUUGUCAACAGGGUGUCUGCGGGUGUUUUUGAACCGGUGGUGAUCGAGAGCCAUUAGAUCUGCAGUGUUAGUGGUCACUCUCUUGCACAGCCACUGCCUUUUUUUAUUUUUAAAUGAUAGAGAGAGCAAGACAAGGACUGGAUGUCAAAGUGGCCCACUCACUUCACAACUCACCCCUCUUCUAAGAGUCUGACAUAUUACUCAUAUAUUAUUACAACCCUUACACCCUAAUAUUGCAGUACAAUUACUGACAAAAUUGUCUUGGGAAUUUUUGAAAAAGUUCAUUGUUCUAAGAAUUAUCUUACAGAACAUUCUGAGAGUACAAACUACUUGAAAUGCCUUAAGAAGUGAGGCAGGAUGGGAGCUUCAGUCUAACACUGUGAAAUAUGAGGGAAGUCCAAAGGAUUUAGACUGAAAAUUCAGUUCAUAGUUAUAUUGAAAUUUUAUUUAAUGUUUUAAAGUGGGAAGAUUUAAUGUCUUAAGUUAGUUUUUGAAGCAUUUACACCCCUAUUAUAUACAAACCACUGAGUUUAGUCAGUAAGCAGCCCUUUAACUUGUGAGGAACGUUGAUCAAGUAUGUAUGGCUGGCCAUAUAAACAUUCUGAGGCAAAGACAAACCAGUUCCUCCAUGUGACCAUUUUCAGUAUCUCACUGCUUCUGCUUGUUGCCAAUUAUAGUUGAGCAGUGGUUUGCUUCCAUAUUUCCCAGCUGGACUGGUGAACAUGAAAUACAUUAAUAUACUGUAUCUGCCCCCCUUCUUUUUUUUGUCUUUCUCUUUUUCUAUAUCUUGACUCUUUAAGAUUUGUAGGUUAAUUCAAACUCAGUCUUUCCAGCUUUCUGUUUCUCUUUUUAGUCUUGCACUUUGCUGCUGGUUUCAGUUUUGAGUGAUCGUGUGACUACGAGUUUGUCUCUGGCAGCACUGCACAACAGGCCAUUUGUGGUGUUUGUUUGCAAGGGUUUAUUCACAGUCAGUUCAGACGGCAGUGAGAUCCUCCAUUGUGUGGCUAUAAUGGGCUUUAAUGAAAUUGUUUUUUUAUUUUCUGGAUUUCCCCCUUUAAGUUAAACUAAAAGUUUAAUUUUAAAAAAGACUUCGUAAAGGGAUUAAUGAAUCAAAAAUAAAAUGUCACUCACUGUUUACUCACCCUCAAGUUGUUCCAAACCUUUAUUAUUUUCCUUUUUCUGUUGAACACAAAAUAAGAUAUUUUGAAGAAUGUUGGAAAAACAAAUACUAUCGAAGUCUGUGGUUACUGGUUUCUAACUUUUUUCUUAUUAACAAAUUUUGUGUUCAACAGAACAAAGAAAUUUAAACUGGUUUGGGACAAGUGAAGCAUGAGUAAACGACACAAUUUUCAGUUUUGGGUGGAUUAUCCCUUUAUGUUUCUUUGUAUACGGGAUUUGACUUUAUCACAUUACAGCCCUUCUAUUGGAGAACAUUUUUAACAUUUUAUUUGUAACUGUUUUUUUUAAGUUUGGUUGAACCAAGCAAUUUUUUUAGAGUCAGAGCAGAUCUAUAGAUGAAGUUCAUGCCCUCAUAUAGAGAGAUUUUUUUUUAGUGAGUAAAAAAACCUCAGCAUUCACACACACACACAAGCAGAACAUGCAGACGUCAUGAUUAAACAUACUUUCACAUUCACAUAAUACAUCAAUAUACAGUGCUCAGCAUAUAUAGGUACACCCCUCACAAAUCUAUCUUUUAAAUUCAUUUUUUUAAUAGGAAGUUAUACAAUAUUAUAUAUGCGCAUAUACAUUAGAUUAGUCAGCACUGAAACCAAAUCUGGAGCUUAUCUAACAAAGUAACUUACAGUAAAGGUCCAAAAACUAGUACAAAAAAAUGUAUAUGUUAUAGAAAAAUAUUAAAUACAAAUUUAAAAAGAGGAAAAAUCAUGAGAAGCAAAAUUUUGUUUGGAAUAUUUUUCUUGAAUUUAAUUGUAUUAUCUUUAAAUUUAUAAAUAUAUCGGUUUAAUAAAUCUGUUUUGUUUAAAUGCACCAAAAUACAUUGCCUAUAUUCACUGUGAAAUGGAUACAAAAUGGAGUGUACUCAAUUAUGCAGAGCACUGUAGCUGCUUGAUGACGUGUACAAACCUACUCUGAUUUAUUCAUCCAGAAUAUGUCAAAUUCCAUGAGAUUCUGCACUAAAUUGUACAUUACAUUUUUUUAAUGUAUUCUGUUUUCCACAGUGUGAUUCCAUGUUUUCUGCAUUGUGCCCUGUACUAAAACUUUAACAUAAAACCCAAGCAAAAGCACAAGCCAGUUGAAAGACUGAAUAAUUGCAUUGUUUGCCGUGUUAGAUCAGAGACAAUGACUCACAGUCACACAUCUGUCCUUGGCGAGUGUUUCUAACGGCACCUGGUGUGCUCUAGGAAACACUUUACAAUAAGCAUGACAGUGAACGGAAAGCCUGUGUUUCUCCAUCACGUACUGCUCUGUCACCUAUUUAGCCAUUCAUAAUGGUAAUCCUUCUCAGUUGAUCUGAGAGCAUUUACCACAUUAAAAACUGACACUGUGAGUUUCAUACUCAUUCCGCACAGCUUUUUUUAGUUAUGUGUGUGUCAGUUGAGAGAAAAGUGCAAUGUGGGCCCAUUGUUUUGUGAAUGUCAUUUUCAAUGAGUCCUUUCAGGGAAGUUAGCCCUAAAAUAUAGUCAUAAAAUGAGGUUCAAAGAGAUUGAACUAGUAUAAUAGAGAGGUGAGGGUAAGUUACAAUUGCAAACCAUUGAUUACAUUUUCACAUGCAUCUACUUUAUCUUAUUAUUAUUAUUAUAAUUAUUCAUGUCAUUUUAAACUAACAAAUGAGUGUGUGGCAUGAUCCAGCUGCUUCUUUGUGGGUUUGAUAUUCCUGCAAAUUUAAAAUAACACUAACUUUAAAAGGGCAAAAAUACAGUAAUACCGCGGCCUGAUAAAGCCUAUAGUGUUCUUGAUGUUUCUACUUACAGCUAGUAUAAAGGGAUACUCUGAAGACACUGAAAAAUGUUUCUUAUUGUUUACUCUUGGUACUUGUCUUCAACUUUUAAACACAUACAAAAAAGCUAUUAAGAACAAGAACUCUCUCCUGUCAUCUUGUAUUUUCGAACCAGCUGGCUGGUUCAGUGGAAGCUUCUUUUACGGGGUGUUUUUCCUCCUCAACUUUGACGUUGAAUAAUUCUGUAAUGUCUAACAUUUGUGAUUCUCACUUCACUCUUUUCUUACUAAGAGUUUUUGUAAUGUUGAUGUCUUUCUUUUUAGUCGAGAUUGACUGUAAUCUGUGAUCUUUCAUAUGCAGAGAGUAGACAUAUAUAUAUAUAUAUAUUAGUAUAUACACUUACCGGCCACUUUAUUAGGUACACCUGUCCAACCAACUGCACGUUAACGCAAAUUUCUAAUCAGCCAACCACAUGGCUGCAACUCGGUGCAUUAAAGCAUGUAGACAUGGUCAAGAUAAUCUGCUGCAGUUCAAACCGAGCAUCAGAAUGGGGAAGAAAGGUGAUUUAUGUGACUUUGAACAUGUUUGUUGGUGCCACACGAGCUGGUCUGAGUAUUUUAGAAACUGCUGAGCUACUGGGAUUUUCACGCACAGCCAUCUCUAGGGUUUACAGAGAAUGGUCUGAAAAAGAGAAAAUAUCCAGUGAGCGGCAAUUCCGUGAGUGCAAAUGCCUUGUUGAUGCCAGAGUUUAGAGGAGAAUGGCCAGGCUGGUUCCAGCUGAUAGAAAGGCAACAGUAACU